CCCCUUUUUCUUGGCCUAAAACGACCGGAUAACUCUUCUAAAACCGAACCUGAAACCUCAGCAACUAAAAUUCCGGUCGGGCGAACCCUCGCAGCUAACCCGGCCGCGAACGACCCCCUCUCUUCUGCAUCGUUUGCUGUUACACACUCAAUUCUACAGGAAUUUAAUGACGAACCGACACUGUCUAAACCAGUUGUCAAUUCCAGCAGUCUGGGGAAGCAAAUUAAUUACGAAUGUUCCACUCUCUCGUCAACUGAAUCACCGUUUUUUGCUUCUCCUUCUAGUUGCUCUAAAAUAUUUCGGACCAGAUUUACCCCCUACCCUAGUGAUGCAUUUUUGCGCUCUCAGAUCAGAGAGAAUGAGCGUAUUGCCUGCGGUAAUAUCUGGUUUAGUAGUGAUAGUGAUUUUUGCAUGAGCGCAAGCAGGAGCUGCAAGGUGGUGCUACGAGAAAGCGAUGUCACUGAGCAUCCACUGUGCUUCGAUCCUCGACAGGAUGAUUCAUCUUGA